CUGUUCCUCUUCUUUUCCAUGCGUAGUGCGUUGCCUUUUGCUUUCCUCUUGGAUUUUCUUCUCGCUGAAGGAAAACUUUCGCCUUUGACCUCUUUUAAUUCUUGUUGUUCUUGUGAUCACAAUGCACAGAGUUGGGUAGCUGUUUUACUCUCUUGCUGCUCCUUUUUCCCUCUCAGGUGGAAAGACCGAAAGAUUAGAUGGAGGGAGGCGAAAUUCGGUGUUGGGACGAGCUAAUCCCAGAUGCGCUCGGGUUAAUCUUCAGCAAAUUAUCUCUGAAGGAGAAAUUAACUGUGAUUCCAAGGAUUUGCAAACCAUGGAGUAAAGCACUGAUGGGGCCUUACUCUUGGCAAGAGAUCGACAUUGCACAGUGGUGCUACGACCAUUAUCAGCCUGAGCUACUGGAUCGAAUGCUUCGAAUGCUGAUCGGAUUCUCUGGUUCCCCUCGGGAGCUUUCUGUAUAUAAUAUACCUAACGAUGCCAUCUUCUCCUUCAUCGCAGACCAUGCCGGUUCCCUUGAGACCUUGCAGAUUCCGUACAGCCAGAUAAGUGAUUCAAUAGUGGAAAAGGUUGCAGGGAGAAUGUGUGCCAUCACUUUCUUGGACCUGAGCUACUGUUAUAACAUUGGCCCUCGUGCUCUUGAAGCAUUUGGCAGGAACUGUAGAUUGCUUUCGGGCUUGAGAAGGGCAAAGGGUUCAUUUUGUUCGGUCAACGAGGAAGCUCACGCCAUUGCAACAACAAUGCCCGAGCUCAAACAUCUUGAAAUAAAUUACAUGCUCAUCACAGCUGAAGGGGUUUUUGACAUUAUCUCUGGCUGCCCAAAACUUGUAUAUUUGGAUGUGAGAAACUGCAGGUAUUCGAAAGUCUCUGAAAAGUUCCUCAAAGAGAAAUACCCUGGGCUGAAUGUGCCGCUUUAUUACUUCUAUGAUGAAAUUACUUUUGAGAAUCUGCCAACGACUUUCUCAUCUGUUGUGUUAGAAAUGGAUGUUGAGGAAGAUAUGUGGGACUACGAUGAAGAUCUCUAAUGGAGUUGGUUUUUGAUGGUGCAGAUCAAGAUUGGGCAGCUUUAUUAGAGUGUGAUCUGGAUGAAUUAAUAGACUUCAGCUUAAAUCUCUUUACUGGUGUUGUUACUUGUUACUACUACUCUACUAGUAUAGUAUGCAACUUUUCUUAUGCUUUGGCCUUUGGUAGAAGUGGACGUUGCUCUUCAAUUCCCUUUCUCCAGUGUUUUGGUUUUUUAGAAACAGAACAGAACAGAAUGGUCGAAGAUGAUCUCCUCAAAACUUGGUGACUGAUCAGGACACCACAUACCAUUCUGAAGUUGGGGGCCAAGUCCCACAUUGGAACCUUAUAAAGGGCAAAUAUGUUAUUCCAUAAGAGGGAGAAGAAGAGAGACAGGGAUGGGCUAGCAUACGCUAAGUAACUAGCAAGUGUGAAAAUAUUGCAUGCAGUGUCCCAUGCUGAAUAUGCUCACGCGCCGAUGUGCAUCUGCAGAUAAUCGAUCUCUUGCCUAAUAGAAAUUUCUGCCUUUUCUCUA